CUCUCUUCUGUCAAUCAAUAAUCAUGGCGGAACUGCUGCAGAGGGUGUCCGAUAUUGUUUGGGCCGAGUCAUUUUGGUUACCAGGGAAUAGAACAUGGGAUGUUCUUAAAAAUACAGAUAAUGGUAUCUACCAUGCCCAGUUGAGUGAUUUGCUCGUUCCAGUGUACUUGUCUGUUGCGGUUUAUGCUGUGAAAUACAUUUUUGAGAACUAUGUAUUUGGAAGCAUUGGACAUGCACUGGGACUGAAGGCUGUGGUAAAAAAAGCCACUCCGAAUCCUCAUCUUGAAAAUGCCUAUAGAGUGAGCAAGUCUCCUUCCAAUGAUAUCAUUCAGGGUCUAGCCAAGCAAACAGAUUUGACAACGCGCCAAGUUGAGCGAUGGUUCAGGGUGAGGAGAAAUCAAGACAGAACACCAGUUUUCAAGAAAUUUGUGGAGUCGUCAUGGAGAGGCCUCUUUUAUUUCUUUAUUUUCUGGUGGGGUGUAUGGAUACACCUGGAUAAACCAUGGUUUUAUGAGACGAUACAUUGCUGGAAAGGAUGGCCUGAACACCAUAUCUCAGAUGAUAUCUACUGGUAUUACAUGGUUGAAGGAGCUUUUUACCUCAGUCUGCUCUUCUCACUCUUCACGGAUCACAAAAGAAAGGACUUUGUAGAGAUGGUUGUCCAUCAUGUGGCAACUCUGACACUGAUGACUCUGUCCUGGGUGAACAAUUUCGUGCGGAUUGGAACUCUGGUCCUCUUAGUACACGAUGCAGUGGAUUCAUCAUUGGAGGCGGCGAAGGUUGCUAAAUACAUAGGCCAGGACAAAGCAUGUGAGAUCUUGUUCUUCACGUUCAUGGUAGUGUGGGUCAUUACCAGAAUGACCAUUUUCCCAUUCAGGAUUAUCUAUUCUACAAUGUUUGAGUCAUUACCAGCCCUGGAAGAGGAAAGUAAUGGCCUGUUUACCAUUUAUGUUGUCUACAACUUCCUCUUGUGCACACUGCAAGUGCUCCAUAUCAUCUGGUUCUACUACAUUGCUUUGAUUGCUUAUGAUGCAGUUAGAGGACAGAUGCGGAAAGACUCUCGUAGCAGCCUGGAGUCUGCCAGUGAGUCCGAGGAUGACACGAACCAGGUGAAGUCCGGAGGCGAUGAGGCAGUGAAGGAUGGCGUCACCAAGGCCUUGAACGGGGUGGUCAAAACCAAGAACAAGACAUCAUAAGCAGAUCUUUUGGGAUGACUCUCAGCUUUGUGAUUUUCCAUGCUUUUGUUACUAUAUACUCCUUGUUUUCACUCUACAGAUUAUUUUAUAUACUUGUGGUAUAUGGAUGUGUGUCUGAUUGUGUGUGUGUUUAUACACGCUCAUAUAUGUAUGCACGAGAGUUUUUGCUGUUGAUUCUUUCUUUCUUUUUAAGUUGAAUUUUGAAAUGCCUGUGUGGCUGUGAACUGUAUGGAUAGCUGGAAUGCUUUUGCUCAGAUUUGAAAACGGGUCUGCUGCUAAUGUUACAAAGAUCUUUGUGUCAGCGUCAGCGAAAAGAUACAUUUCCAGUGAUUUUUAUUCUAUAUUUAUACUUUUCUUUUUUUAUGGCUCACCUUUGCAUGAAUGCCUUUGUUUCUUUCCUGCUCUUCCUUAAAAAUCGUAUGGUGUUCCUUUUCUUGAAAAGUAGUGUACUUUAGUGCACAUAAUCUUGAGGGGAGAAAGAAGAUACAGGAAGAAGUCUGAGGGGAGACCUUAUACGAAAACAUUCCUUAUACUAGAAAGCAUUAAUGUAUGAAUAUAUUCAGUUGUAUACUGUAAGAGGAAGGCCUUUUGAUCAAUGUAUAACCUGCGGUUCUCAAUUCUAGUUUUUGAAAAGAACUCAUCAUUAUACAUACUGUUUGCUCAUAUCAAGACAUUUUGUCUCAAAAAAGUUUCAUACUGCCAUUUUAUUAGAAAGUUAUUAAACGGGGUCAGGUGGACAUAUGAAGCAAAUCAAAAGCGUAAACCCUCAAGUAUUUUUCUGUGGAUGGAAAUUGUGUUAUAAACCAGAUGCUGAUAAAAGGAAGUUCCAAUCUCUUGCUUUCAAUUGACAAAUUCUGUUUUUGUUUUUAAAAUUUUGACUGUGUGUGCGUGUGUGUGUAUUAUCAUAACUGAUAUAGCUGUAGGGAUUAUACAUUCAUAUAUAGUCGUUGGUGAAUUUGUUUUUAAAAUAACUCAACCGUAGCUAAUGAUGCCAUUUUGUUGUAUCAAGACUUCGCCUUAAAGCACUGUAACAACACAAAGGGUUUUAACCACUUUGACUGCCUGGCCUGAGCCAGUUUUGGCCUGUUUGGGUGGAAUCUGGAGCUGGCUUGGCAGUAAAGGGUUAAUGUAGCUGGAACGCACCCUCUUUUUUGAUCUAAAUUUGUAGAAGAACUUAUGCACAUAUGUUCGAUGUUUUUAUACAUUUACAGAAAUACAGACUUUCUUGGUCAAUGUGUGUGUUUUCUUUCGAAUUUGAACUUACAUUCUGAGAAUAAGGAUUGAUGUAGAUGUGACUUGUAUGUUUGCAACAUAUAAAAACUAGAUUUUUCACUGAAGUGUUUUACAGAACCUCCCAAGGACGUAUAUGCUUGACAAGAUUGUAGUCAAAGAAAGAACAAUCAUAAAUAACUUGUAAAUAUUUUUCUCUUUACUAUUUAAACUAACUAAACAUGUGUGCAGUGUGUGAGAUUUGAAUUUUAUAUAACAGAUUUUAUAUGCCUUGGGGCAUGCACUUUAGUCAGGGAGUCUGAAUGAAUUGCAGGAGCACACGUUUGUUUUGAAAAAGAAAAAAAAAAUUGGUGUAAUUUUUGGUGAUUUGUGUCAACCUGAUGGAAAAUUUAGAGGGUUUCUCUUCUUGCUUAGUUUUUAAUUUGUAUUUUCAUUUUGUUUUUAAUUCAGACAUCAACCAUAUGCUUUUAAAGCGGUACGUGAAAAGAUGGAGGACACAUCAGUUAGGUCCCUUGUCUUUUUUUUUUCCCCCAAGAAAAAUUCUGAAUGACUGUUUUAGUGUUGAUGUGCUUCUCUUACAUUUCAACCUUAACUCUUAUAGAAUCAGAAAUGUGAUGUUUAAAAAUCUUAAGAGUUCUGUCAAUAUUUGCAAUGUGUUGAACAUUGAGUACAACACUGAAUUUGUUUCACCCUCCUGCUUUGUGCAGGAUGUAACUGACAAAGUUCUUUUUGAUUACUUCAUUAUUUUUUAAAGUUCCUGGCUUAAUUUCCAUUAAAAGAUGCCAUGACAAAAACUGUCUAAAAUCAUUCCAUGCUUGAUAGAGGUGUCCCUUUUUUUAAAAAUCGGGUAUUGUGUUGGUAGGAACUUGCUUUGUUUAGCUGUACUUUGUAUCAUAGGGCUCACAGAAUUAUGAAAUUUCAUUUUGUUACUGUAAGCCACUAAAAAAAGCAAAAGUCUGGUUGACCGCUAUUUCAUUUUGUUAGGUUUUGAUUAUUAUUUUUUCUAUGAAAUGUCAUUAACGCAUACUUUUUUCAGUGAUUCUUUAAAUUACAUGCUUGGGGAUUUGGGGAUUCCUGCAGUAAUGACCACAGAUUUUUGCUUUAAGAAACUACCUUUUCUUGUUUUCUUUUCUUUGUUUAUACAGAAAGAGAGAGGGAGAGGUGCAGAAAGGGGCUAACAGAAUGCCUUUGUAAGCAUAUGGUGGUGUGGAUGGUAAUUCUUUGUUUUGUUUGUUGAUUUUGAGAGAAAAUAAUUUUUGGCAAAGGAUCUUCUUCUUGAGGUUCAAUCUCAUGAAAAAUGAAUUAAAAGUAAUUGAUAUCAUCCUUGUUAGUUUUAAGGCCCUUGUUUUAUUUAUGGCUGUGCCACUCUUGAUAGUUUCAACCAGCACUGACGUGUUACAUUUAUGAAACCAGUUUUGGAUGUUAACCUCUUGUGACAACUGCUGCUAUUUACAGCUAUUUUCAGUAUCUUUUGUUCCUGUUUUCUACAAGGAUACAGGCAUUUAUAUUGCAAUUCCAACAGUUUGUAUAGAUUGUGUGCCUACCUCUGGACCUCCAUACAUAUAAAUAUUUUUAAUUUCUAAGUAAUGACAGAGCAAAAAAAAUAUAUGCAAAUAGGGUCCUGUGCUUGUGAUAGUAUAGAUGUUGAGACAUCACUUCUUUUUUUAAUGUCUGUAUAUCAUGUUUGUUGCUGUCUGUUAAAUAUGAUUUUUUAACGCUGGUGUUAAUCACUAUCACUUUUGAAUAAUAAACCUGAUGGAUUGAAUGUUUGAGUUUUUAAAAUUUUUUUUUUUGGCAGACAAAGGAUUGUCAUUUUUUAAAAACAUUUCAGAGCAUUCCAUUUUCUUUUCUUUAAAUUACUGAGUGAUUUACUUUUUACAGGGUUUGCAAUAACUUAUCAAAUUUCAUCUAUAAAUGAUAAAUCCAUGGCAAGGACUUUGCUAAAGAAGAAUAUCAGUUAUGCACGAACAGCAGGAAUAAACCAUUUGAACUUCGCACUUUUGUGAAAUAAAUGAGAAGUUGAAUUUGAAGUUCAAUACCAAGUCCUAUACUUUUUAACUCAAUAUGAAACUUGGAUUCAAAUUUAUGAACUAAAGAAAUCUCCAUAUUAUUAGAGAGUUGUUUUUCUAAUCUUCUUUUAUAUUGUAUAACCUGUUUGUUCAUAAGAAUUAAAUUUGCUGUAUAUUACAGUCAUGGAUAAGAAAUUCCAUUUUGGGAAACCUUGGACUUCCAAUGUCCUUAUCUAGUGACCUACUGCUUAUAUUGAGGAGCGGCCGUCGUUUAUAAAUUAAGAUAAUUUUUUAUGUAGCUUUUGGCAAAUUUAUUUCAUAAUGGGUGGACCUUUCUUUCUUUGAAAGAGUAGAUUGCCAGCUGUUGUACUUUUGACUGAUGUUUCCUGGCUGUGUCGUGUACGGUCACCUAUUAAAUUGUGCUUCAUGUAGCAGAAAUGUUUCAUGAAAUCUGGUGUAUUUUUUUUUUCUCUGCUGCUGUAUAACAUUUUUUUGUUGGAAGUUAAAUGACUACAUAUCAGUAUCAUGAAGUAUUGAAAUUGCAUGAAAGCAAUAGUUAUGUGUUUUACAACUGAUUCUAUGUGUUACUUCAAUAAUUUUGUAUAGGGCAGGUCAUGAAUGGGGUAGGCUACCUUGUCUUGCUCUUGAUAUACAAUCUGAAAUUUGUCAUGACAGUCUUGCUAUGAAUUCUAAAUACCUUUUCCUCUUACCUCUCUUGAAUUUGAUUUUUUGAUAGGGUUGUUAGGUGACUUCUUAAAUUUGGUGGCGUGUAACUAUUAUUUUACUCAGAUGUUGACUGUAUUUUCUUUAUGUAUAUAAAUGUGUUUAUGUUCUUAUAUCUUUUUUCACUCUUUUAUAGAAUUUUUUUUUCCAUUUCAAUCUUGUUUUGUGUCAUGCUGAAAAGUAUGGCAGCAUUGCUCAUUAGAGAAUUUCUUUGAUGUAAGUUGCAUUUUUAGUCUGAUUUUGAGAAAUGUUUGAUAGUAUCAUGUAAAACUAAUAGUCUAAUAUGGAGCACUCUAUUCCGUAUGAUAGUCUUGCUCCUCCCCAUCUCAAUACUGCAACAUCUACUAUGUCUUCUCUCCUGCACAAGUGUUCACACCAGUAGCUGAACAGUACAGUAUGUCCUUGCUUGAUGUCUGGCAUUGCUAAAAACGUUUAACACUAUUUGUUUCAUAUUUCAUGUUAAGGUUUAACAUAGAUGUCUCGGUCCCAUUUUUAUCAUUUAAUUUCGUUAUUUCCAGUUCCAUGUUUAAAUUAAAGCAUGUUUUAGGAUUGGGAUUGUCUAACUGCAUUUAAGGAUUUCUUUUUUUUUUUUCAUGAACCAAUUGAUUAACAUUUAUUGUAACUUCUCAACAAAAAUUUUUUCUCUGGAUGAAACUUUGUAGUCUUAAUAAACCAUACAUGCUCUCCUUCUUUAUGAACACUGCACAAGUGUUUUAUUCAUUUCUGAGAAAUUUACUCAGGGACGUUGGGACAGGUUAUCUCGCACUGCCACACAUUUUGUGGCUUCUCUCUUGAGGUAGAAUGACUGGUCGAUGCCAUUUAAAAACCACAGACAGUGUCACAUUAACUUAUGAUGUUUGGUGAAUUAUAUGGCUGUUACAUCAAAUCACCAGCCUCUGUUGUACUGUACUGUAAUAGUCUUUUUAGAACUAUUUUUAAACUGUCAAAAUACUGUGGCAAAACUUGCAGCUAGUCAAGUUUUACGCUCUUAAGUUGAGAGAGUUAGUCGAAUCUAUGCCCACCUCCCUGCUCUUCAUACUCUUCAGUUGUAAAACACUUUUCCUUAUUUUGAUUCACCUAACAAGAGCAUUAUAAGGCAGGGCUUAAAUUAUAUUAAUAUAAUGUUUGAUUCAAGUUAAUUUAAUUCAAAUAACCCUCUCCUUUUUUUAAAGACAAAUAGCACAAUAGAAAUGUGCAUGAGAUUUGUGUCAGUUGGAAGAAAAUGUUCAAAUGCUGUUAUUAUUCUAUUAUUCUACAAUAUGCAAAUUUAUAAUAAAUGCAUUGAACUUUACAGAAAUAUUUGUAUGCCUGUGGAUUUGUAUAAUUAUAACUUUUUAAACCGCCACUUCUUUAUUAAACUGAAUUUCUGUCUUUUUCAUCAAAUAUCAUUGUACAAAAGUGCAUAAGCCUCUUCCAGGUCCUAUCACAUCUGCACUUGUGCUCAGUAUUGUUAUGUAUAUUUUUUAAUUUAUUUUUGUUUGUUUCCUUUGAAAAUUUGUUUUCACUUAGUUCAAUAUUAUUGCUCACACUCUUUUGGGUGAUGAUGCAAAUGCCUUCAGAUGAUUUCAUGCGCUGUAACCAAGAGUAUAAUUUCUCACUGAUGUCAUUUAUAAAAAAAAAAUUAUCAAAUGAUACGAGUUUGUAUCGAAUUGCUGCUGCUGUCACCUGUGAACUCAACAGCUGAUGGUUCUCGUAACUUUCAAAGUGAGGUGAUUUCAGUGCUUUUGUCGUAGUUAACCUGUGUCUGCAAUACUGAGAGUUUUGAUCUAUUCAUUCAAGUUCAUGGUGUCCUAAAAAUAGAUGUGAAUAGCCUAAGUAUGGUGGAGGGGCUUUUUUCUAAUUUAUUCCGUAAAUGUUCAAACUUCAUGAUACAGUUUAACAGAGAUGUCUUGGUCCCCUUUUUAUCAUCUCGUUAUUCCCAGUCUAACUUGGGGUUAAAAGGAUGCAUCUAUACUUACCUAUAUAUUCUUUUUUGUAAACUUACAUGUGUGAGCAUAGGCUUGCUCUACUGUUUUUAGCAUUCCCAAAACAUCAUAGUGCUGAAUGAAUUAAUACUUCGUGUGUUCAAUGACAAACUCAACAGUUUGUGUAGCACAGGGUGUCCAGCAGCACUGAGAGGUAGCCAGCUUUGACUGUAUGCACAGAUGAAUAUGAAGCUGAUCAUUGGUAAAGGUUGGCAAGAGGGCACAAGUCAAAGUAUGUUUUAGAAGAAAAAGAACAUUAAUUGAUAACAGUUACAAAUAAUCAAGAGUAUAAAUUGUGUCAAGUUUGGUGUUUUGUUUCGCUUUCUGAUGUUUGCAUAUAUAUAUGUAUCUCUUCACUUGUCACGUAGGCCUACUGUUGUACAAAGAAAGAAGUAAUAAUGCCUUGCUAGUCUUUUCACUUAGAGUAAGUGAUCAGCACUUAUACAUCUGUUCAUACCUUGAACACAGUACAUGAAGCUGUUACAAGUUUGAGGUGCAGCAGCUGAGCAGCAAUAAAACAAGUAAAUCAAUUUAUUAAGAUUUUUGUUAUUCUCACAGGUUUUGACUAGUUUUGGUAUCUUGAUAUUGAAAAUUAUGUAAAGGUUAUAAGAGAAAACUUACGGUUAUUGUAGCAAAUAUAUUUGUAUUUUUUUACUUAUAAUUUUAGUUUUUUAAAUUAAAUAUCAAAGCUUUCCAUUUUUAAAUUAAAUAUCAAAGCUUUCCAUUUUAAUCUGUCCAUUUUACUUACAGUACUACUAAUAGUGACAACCUCUUUUUCCACCUUGUUUUGGGAUGUUUUUGAAUAGUUAACAUAUGAGGUGUCCUAAUAACUCAAAGCAUACAUCUGAGCUAAUUGUGACCAUUCAUUUGAGCUAGUUCCCCAUUAGGUAUGCCGUACCUUGAUCAUUGUGUCCGUAACAUGUUCAAUUUGGUCUUAUUUCUUGUGAAACAAAUAUUUUGUCUUAGUGUAAAAAAGGACAAGUUAUACCAACUUGUAAAUUAUGAUUGAAAAGAAGGACCGUUUGACAGCUUGGGAUGAUUGUCACUUGACAACAGAGUAGGUUUUUACUUAUUGAGCAGCUAUUUAGUUAUUGUAUGAAAGGCCUCAAUAAGCAAUUUACACUUUUGUAUUGUAAGACAAAUUGUUAGAGCAUCAGUAGUAAUAUCAAAAUUUGUUUUGAGAGAUUACACAUUUUGUUCUUUGACUUGAGUUUAGAAGUGUAAGAGUACAGUCAAACCUCGUUAUACUGACUCCUGGUUUACCACCGGGCCUGGUUUUGCCCUUGUACGAAAAGAAACGCCUAUAUAAAUAUAGUAGUUGCACCACUACACUGCCAUCCACUAGCUGUUUGAUAAUGUUAAUUUGCCAUGUAUUACUGCCAGUGAAUUGGCCGCCAGAGGUAAACUCUACCCACAACACUUACUUUGUGCUGUCCCACUCGCGUCUCUGUUUUUGGUUAAUUAUAUUGAGAAGGGAAAAAAUUUAGAAUGAAGUUUUUAAGUCGCCUCGAGAAACUUCAAAGGAAAUGCCCCACCCCUACCUGUCAACAAAACAUCUGGCAUCGCAUGAUAUCAGUCCAAUAACUGAAAGACUGGUGGGCACUUGAAAGGCUUCUAUAUUAUGAGGACUCACACUCAAGUCUAUGUGAAAGGUCUGAGACUUCCCUGGGACUAAUAAGUAUCAGGCACAAAAAACUGCACGUCUGCAGGAUCCUUGAAGCAUAAAGCCUAAUGUCUGAUCCGACAGACAUUUUCAAUUUGAAUUUACAUGUUUUGAAUUUACAUUUAGUUCAGCUGGAGCUGUUUGUAAAAUUGUUUGGUACUCGUUUUUCCCCUGUGCAUGGCAAUCAUGCAAGACAGAUCUAGGUGAGUCAAGACUGACCACAGUUUGUUUCUAGUCUCUACUUUACCAGUCAACCACUAGUUAAGAUGAACAUCUGUUCGAAGCCAUUAUACCGCCAGCCUCGCUGUAUCACAAACUUCAUUCUCGUCCCAAAGUAGUCAGUAUAACAGGGUUUGAUUGUAUGCUGCCACAAGAAACUAAAAAAGCUAUAGAUUAGCAUUGAUAUUUAUACACACGUUGAGGAUCUCUAGCAUCAGUUAGUUUUGCUACUUUGAACAAAUCAAGUCAGAAGAAAUAUCUUCACUUCAGUGAUGAAAUAUUGCUGUUAUUCUUAUCAAGAGGUUACGUUUUAUUAUGUUUCUACCAACAAUGCUUCUAGGAGCUGAAAAAGUUAUUUCAGAAAAUUUGUUGGCCAAAACUGAGUAUUGAAAAUUCUACAACUGUAUUGCUGUUCAAAGGGUCUCUUGGCCAAAAUGUGAUUGUUCAGUUUCAUUGCCAAAAUUAAUGGGUCAACACUGAUUUAAUUUAAUCAGUUUGGGGAACUGAUCUUACUCCUCCUUGUAACUGUUAAACUUCCAAUUUAAUCUGUGUAAUAUUGAGGUGAAAACAAGGCAUCCAGCCUAAGAGUUUUCAGUGAGUAUUGUGAAUGGAAUUUGCUAUCUCAACUUGAAUACUGGAAGAUGGCUUUUUAGAUUGAUUAAUAUUGCUUGCUUAUACACAUGAAAUUACAUGCAGAAAUGUGUGUGUUCAAGCUCACAUGUGCACACAUGUACUCAUUAGAAAAAGCACGAGUUUCACACAAACAUACUGUACCUCUCAAUACUUUUACUGGUUCAUGUGAGUACAAUUAAGUACAGCUUUGCUUUUUACCAGUGCUUAGUAUACAGGAUUAUUGGGAGGUUUUACUAAAAGCUUCAUGGGUCCCUUUGGAAAAACAUAAUAAGUUGUUCAUUUGCUUUUGACAAUUGAGCUAUAUGCUGGUGAUUGGCUUUCUUGUGGGUUUUUUUGUCUUGUGAUUAUUUUUUCAUUUGUGCCUUCAUUUAUCACCACUAGGAUUGAGUUUAGACACUAAGUCACUAAGGGUACUUGUUCUAAAAUUGUGGCUAAACAAAUUAUUUUGGGUGGGUAUAUUUUAAGCAUACAUUAUUAGAUGGAUGACUGAUAAAGACUGGGAUAAUAUCAUAUUUUCUCUGAGCGUCUGAUCAGAGAAAUGAAUGGCAAACCAUGAUCACUUAUGUCUGUUUCAGGUCUGGUACUUUACUUUAUGACGAUGAUGAUUUAAGCCAGGCAUGAUAUUGUUUGAUUUUUAAAAAUGUUUUUGAGGUAAAGUGCUAGACUGGAGUUGGAAUGGUGCAGUGAAACUCGCUUGUUACGAAGUCCUCGGGGAUAACCUUCAAGGUAGUUGAAUUCAAGUGUUCGUCAUAAAAAGAGUAGCAAAAGUGAAAAUUUUUAACAUUGCUAACGUUAGGGACGAGGAACAUCAGUUUUGAAUGUGUCACAGUGUAAAGGGGGAAAAAAACAAACAAUGGUUUCCCAAAAGUGCUUGCAUGUUGCUUUUUGACACAACCCCUGAAGAGUAGGGUCAGGCUUGAUUUCAAGCAAGAUUUAUCUUCUUCUCUUUACUGCUAUACAAAACUUGUCCUUGAUUAACGUUGAAAACUAAAUUGCUGUAGUGCUACAGUAUACAUGUAAAUGUAGUUUUGUUUCAAAUGAGAGGCAUUCUCUUAUGUUUUACACCGUACCUAACAUGUUCUUGACUCUGGCUAACGUCGAAAAUUGAAGUGAUGCUGCAAAACACACUGGACUUGGUUGGAGGGCGCACUGUUAAAAAGGCAGAUUCGUUCAAAUGCAUGCCCGUUUCAUAUGAGGCAGAUUUUGAUCUUUUGUUUAUUAGUUUACUGCAGUGCAUGUCCUAGGCCGGUGAGGCUUAGCAUAUAUACUAUGAGUGCUUCCAUAGACUUGCAUGCUACUCAUUAUGUAGAUCUAAGCCUAGCUCACCAUUGUUUAGUAACUGGGAAAAAUAUGACUGACACAUCUGCAUUCUCUUUUCCCUCACGUCCGCAGACACACUCACAAAGCCACACAUGUGCUGGCCUUGACUGCCCGUUUGACCUCUUUCAACCGUGGCAUAUGCUAAGAUACUCACUCUCGCGCAUCAACAACACAUUAAGUUGGUGUGAAAGAUGGUGUCUAAUCAGUUGGAUGACUGUGUGUCUGUGAUGGCUCGGUCAUAAUGUGCAGCGUGUGAUAUGCAAUCAUAAAUGUGUAGAUCUAAUGAUCCACAGUGCAGGGUGAUAGACAGUCCCGUAGAAUAGCUGAGGCUAAAGGGGAUAAGAUUCAUUGUUGGGGAUAAAAAUGUACAAAGCUACAUCGGCAGAGGCUGAUCGCGACUAUGUUGAAUCCAAGUUUGCUCAUUUACAUGUACGUUAUAAUCAAGCUGUUUUGUUUAUUUUCAUGAAUUUAAAUAAACAAACAAGGAAUUUUCCUUUCGAUGAAUUGGGAGUUUUCGUUGAAUCCGAGGAUGUUGUAUCCGAGUUUCACCGCAUCCCUCCCUCCAAUAGUUCCUUGAAAUUGUAGAUGUUCAUGGGAGAGCUCUUUGUUUAAAAAAUCUAUGCUUGCUUUUUGUGUGACAACUUAUCUUGUUGGGAACGGAACAUUUUUCCUUCAUGGUUUGACUAAAUUGUGAUGUGUUUUUUUUUAUUGUUUUAAUUUUAAAAAUAAGAACAACUCAGUAUUUCUCACCAGAUUUAUUUUUAAAUUGUUUGAAAUUCAAUGAAGAAACUUCUAUUCUUGUUUACUUGUUUACUUGUGUGAAGGACCGACAUCACUGCACAAGGGGCAUUCCCAUAAGCGCUCCGUCCCCUGAAGAAGCACAUCUCGAAGUGUGUAGAUGCUAACGGUUCCAAGUAACUUCUAUUCUCUUCUGCUUCAAGUCUGUUGCAACCAUGUCAGCUCAUGUCCAUAUAUAUUCAUUACUGUUCUGUUCCUCAUCUAUUAUGUCUUCAUCUUGAGCAAUCAGCAGAUCACCUAUAUUUAGCUACCAUUGUUCUUUCUUCCUUGCAGAGAUCAUUGCUCAGGUCCUCAGAUAUUUUACAAGGUGGUGCUGGUACACAUGACUAUAAAUACUAACCUUUUUUUUUUUUUGGAGCCAUUCCAAAAGUAAAUGUACACAUUUUGUGCAUUAAGAUUCAAACAGACAUGGGGAAACUAUACCCAUUGCUAAAGUUAAAGCAGUUCAUGUUAUUUAUAUCCUCAAGUUAAGUGCGCCAUGUUUAUAAAAUAACUGUUAACAGCAUUUGAGUCCUUUCUUGUGAGUUAUUGGCCGCAAUACGUUCCAACCUGAAGCGUUGCUUACUUUUGAGGAACCUUUUUGGAUUGUGUACUGUAAGCUAUGGAAAUUAAUACAAAGAAAUAUGACAUAUUUUCUUGGCAUAGUUUUGGUACUGUGAGUAAUGCUUUUGGAUUACAUUUUUUUUUCUGGGUCCAUUCUUUUUUGUAUAACCUUAACAGAUUUUUCUUUUCUGUUUUAUUCUGUAAAGGAUAUCUCUGUUAACUCAUGCUCCUAUGACAAUAAAUUAGUCUCUCUUCUUUAAAAGAAAA